AUGGUGAAGCUCGUGAAGGCUGGAAAAAAUCAAGGCGAGCCCAAGAAGCUGCCUCCUCCCCCCAAGGAGAUAGAGGAAGACAGUGAGGAUGAAGACAUGUCAGAGGAUGAGGAGGAAAGCAGUGAAGAAGAGGUUGUUAUUCCUCAGAAAAAAGGCAAGAAGAAUGCCACAGUGCCCUCAAAGAAAGUAAUGGUGUCCUCAACAAAAAAGGUGGUGGUUGCUGCACCAGCGAAGAAAGCAGCUGUCACUCCUGGCAAGAAGGUGGCAGUUACACCAGCCAAGAUGGCAGUUACACCUGCCAAAGCUGUAGCAGCACCUGGCAAGAAGGGUGCCACGCCGGGCAAAGCAGUGGUGGCCACCCCCGGUAAAAAGGGUGCUGUGCCCACCAAGGGGGCAAAGAAUGGCAAGAAUGCCAAGAAGGAUGAGAGUGAGGAGGAAGAUGAAGACAGCGAGGAAGAAGAGGAGGAGGAAGACGAUGAGGAGGAGGAAGAGGAGGAGGAAGAAGAUGAAUUUGAGCCAGAAAUGAUUAAAACAAAAGCAGCUGCCCCGGGCUCAGAGGAUGAGGACGAUGAAGACGACGACGAAGACGACGACGACGACGAUGAAGACGACUCUGAAGAGGAGGCUAUGGAGACGACACCCGCCAAAGGAAAGAAAGCUGCCAAAGUGCCUCUCACAAAAACCAAGAUGGUGACUGAGGAUGAAGAUGAGGAGGAGGAUGACGACGACGAAGAUGACGAUGACGACGAAGAGGAGGAGGAGGAAGAGGACGAGGAAGAAGAGGAGGAGGAGGAGGAGGAGGAAGCAGAACCUGUCAAAGAAGUAUCUGGAAAGCGAAAAAAGGACAUGACCAAGCAGAAAGCUGCUCCUGAAGCCAAGAAACAGAAAGUAGAAGCUGUUGAACCAACUUCAACUUUCAAUCUCUUUGUUGGAAACCUGAACUGCAACAAAUCUGCCCCUGAAUUAAAAACUGGUCUCAGUGACGUUUUUGCUAAAAAUGAUCUUACUGUUACAGAUGUCAGAAUUGGUAUGACUAGGAAGUUUGGCUAUGUGGAUUUUGAAUCUGCUGAGGACCUGGAAAGAGCCUUGGAACUCACUGGCUUAAAAGUCUUUGGCAAUGAAAUUAAACUAGAGAGACCAAAGGGGAAAGACAGUAAGAAAGAUCGAGAUGCCAGAACACUUUUGGCCAAAAAUUUGCCUUACAAAGUCACUCAGGAAGAAUUAAAAGAAGUGUUUGAAGAUGCUAUGGAAAUAUCCCUGUACUACACUGGGGAGAAAGGUCAAAAUCAGGACCAUAGAGGUGGAAAGGCGAGCACUUGGAGUGGUGAAUCAAAAACUCUAGUUUUAAGCAACCUAUCCUAUAAUGCAACAGAAGAGACUCUUCAGGAGGUAUUUGAGAAGGCAACUGCUAUCAAGGUGCCACAGAACCAGAAUGGCAAAUCUAAAGGGUAUGCAUUUAUAGAAUUUGCUUCGUUCGAAGAUGCUAAAGAAGCUUUAAAUUCUUGCAAUAAAAGAGAAAUUGAGGGCAGAGCAAUCAGGUUGGAGUUGCAGGGAUCCAAGGGAUCGUCUAAUGCUUGGGGCCAGCCAACCAAAAUCCUCUUUGUCAAAGGUCUGUCUGAAGAGACCACCGAAGAGACCUUGAAAGAGUCAUUUGACGGUUCAAUUCGUGCCAGAAUAGUUACUGACCGGGAAACUGGUUCCUCAAAAGGGUUUGGUUUUGUAGACUUCAACAGUGAGGAGGACGCGAAAGCUGCCAAGGAGGCCAUGGAAGAUGGUGAAAUUGAUGGAAACAAAGUGACCUUGGACUGGGCCAAGCCUAAGGGUGAAGGUGGCUUUGGCGGAAGAGGUGGAGGCCGGGGCGGCUUUGGUGGCAGAGGUGGCUACGGCAGAGGUGGAGGCCGAGGUGGAUUCGGAGGCCGGGGCCGUGGCGGCUUUGGUGGAGGCCGAGGUGGCUUCCGAGGAGGCAGGGGAGGCGGCGGUGACCACAAACCACAAGGAAAGAAGACGAAGUUUGAAUAG